AUGUCUUGGCUUCCGUUGCCAUGGCUCCCGCUGCUCGUAGCACUGCUGAGCACAGAGGGCUCGGCACAGAGAAAGGUGGUUUGUGCUCCCAACUGCCGCUCCUGCACAAAAUCGUAUACCUGCGAUCAAUGUUUGGAUCCCUUCGCCCUGAAGUCGGAUCGGACGUGUGGACCCUGCAGCAGUAACUGCCAGAACUGCAGGAAUUGGGGCCCUGGGAAGUGCGACGUCUGCAGUGUGGGCUACGGAAGAACAUCUUCGGGGCAGUGCCAGAGCUGCGCCAGGGACUGCAUCAGCUGCAGCUACGCGGGCGCUGGGAAGUGCGACUCCUGCAAGAGCGGCUACGAAGUGACACGCGCCGGCGAGUGCAAGACAUGCGCCACAAACUGCCGCGACUGUCGGCAGGCAGGCGGCGGCCUCUGCGACGUCUGCAAAUCCGGCUACGGCCUGACGCCGGGUCAGACCUGCGACACUUGCGCCCGCCGGUGUCAAAGAUGCGAGCGAGCGGGAGCCGGACGCUGCGAUCUCUGCAGCUCUGGAUACGAGCUGUCACGCACAAAGACCUGUCUCAAAUGCGCGCCCAACUGCGAAACCUGCGCCAAUGCUGGAGAGGGCAAGUGCGAUCGCUGCAAUGACGGCUAUGGACUCACUGCCGACCAGGUUUGCAAGCCAUGCUCUGACGGCUGCAUCUCCUGUGCAAAGGCAGGGGGCGGUCGCUGUGAUCGCUGCAAGGACAGGUAUGCCAUGACCUUCUCCAAGACUUGUGAGGCGUGCGCCCCACAGUGCAAGAGCUGCCUGAGAGCUGGCCCCGGGCUUUGCGACCAGUGCCAGGCACCAAAUCUGCUCACCCGCAGCCAGAAGUGCGGGCCAUGUGCAGCGAACUGCCAGUCUUGCAGUAUCGGGUUGACCUGCGACGUCUGCAAUCCGCAGUAUGGCCUCACAGCAACCUGGGAGUGCGACCACUGCUACUGGAACUGCCGAACCUGUCGCAGGGCAGGGGCUGGGAAAUGCGACGAGUGCGAGCCAUUCUACGUCCUGACUUGGGACAAGAAGUGCAAGCCAUGUGCCGAGCACUGCAGCAGAUGCGAUCGGGCGGGGGCAUACAAGUGCGACAGCUGCAAUCGCGGGUACGGGCUCACGUCAGACUCGACUUGCGCACCUUGCGCCGCCGCGUGCCAGCAUUGCGACCAGGCUGGCGCGGGGCGUUGUGAUGUUUGCAAGCCGCGGUUUGCGCUUUCGCCAUCCAAGCUCUGUGAGCCCUGUGCGGACAACUGCCUGAGCUGUGGGAAAGCCGGCCCUGGCUUGUGCGACGAGUGCGAGUCCCCCUUGGAACUAACGCAGUCGAAGAAGUGCGCGCCCUGUGCUCCCAACUGUAAUGGCUGCAAGAAAGCCGGCGGCGGCUUCUGCGAUGUGUGCGUGCAGGGCUAUGGGCUCACCCAAGACAAGAUGUGUGGGCCUUGCGAUCCUGUAACGAAGCGGUGUUUCAGCUGCAACCGGGCUGGUGCCGGUCGAUGCGAUGCAUGCAAGCAGGGAUAUGAGCUUUCAAAGCAAUCGGGCACCUGCAUGCAGUGCGCCGAUGAUUGCGUCACGUGCCAGGCUGCUGGCGAGGGGAAAUGCGACUCGUGUGCCACGAGGUUUGCACUCGAUUUGGGCAAGACAUGCAAACCCUGUGCCGCGCAUUGCGUCGCCUGUACCACAGCCGGCCCGGGCAAAUGUGAUCGAUGCGACGAGGGCUACGCACGAAGCCCUGACCAGUCAUGCCUGCCAUGUGCUUCCAGGUGUGUGGAGUGCAAGGUUAGAGGACCGGGAUCCUGCGACGAUGGUGGCUGCGCGGCACCCUACGAGCUUACGCCCCAGCACCAAUGCGCACCCUGUGCUGAUCACUGCCUCAGCUGUAAGCAGGCUGGCGGUACGCUGUGCGACUUCUGCGAUGACCAGCACGGGCUCACUCCGGAAAAGAAGUGCGGGGAAUGCGCUGAGAACUGCGUCUCUUGCAAGAAAGCUGGUGCUUACAAGUGCGACGAUUGCCGGGAGAACUUCGUCCUUACUCCUCAGCAGACUUGCGCGCCAUGUGCCAGCAAUUGCCUGCGCUGCAUCAAUGCUGGCCCCUACAAGUGUGAUGCCUGUCGGCCGUUGUACGGCCUGACCGACCAAAGUACCUGCGACAAGUGUGCUCCCUCGUGCCGAGACUGCUCCACAGCUGGCGCAGGGAUGUGCGACGUCUGCGAUUACAAGUACGGCCUGACCUCGUCCAAGACCUGUGCUCCUUGCGCCGCGAAUUGCCUUGGGUGCGCAAGGGCGGGCGGCGGCCUCUGUGACAGUUGCGAGCACCGCCACGUGUUGACACCGAGCAAGACCUGUGCGCCUUGUGCUACGCAUUGCGACCACUGUCAGAUAGCCGGCUCUAACAAAUGCGACGUGUGCGAGUCCAAGUAUGGCCUCACUGACAAGCAGGAGUGUGAGAGUUGCAGCCCAAAUUGCGCGCAGUGUGACAAAGCCGGAGCCGGCCGGUGCGACGCCUGCGAUCCUGAAUACAAGCUCAGCAGCUCUUCAACCUGCGUCAAGGAGUUCCCGUGGCUGACGGUGAGUUUGCUUCUUGUUCUCUUGGGAGGUGGCGUAGCACUCUGGGCCUUCUGCCGCCGGAGCACUGGGGCAAGGGAGCCCAACUUGCUGACUCCGAGCGCCCCCUUUACAUACACACCAAGUGCGGAGAUUCAGUUGGAGUCUCGGCCCCCCUCCGAUGUUGGCAGGUCGUAUGCGCCGCCCCCUGCCAACGGCGGUGGCCCACAUGUCGGCAACGGCCAACAGUCGCUUCCAGAUUUUGGGGCCAGCGCUCCACCUGCAAAGGAAGGUGUCCAGUCAGCCUCCCGGGCUCCAGAGACCCUGAGCUCGAAAGACCAGGCCCUUCAGGAGGCGAUCCUCUUCCCAAGCGGGAAGUGGAAGGGCUAUUACGUGCAGCUGGCGGAGGACAAGCUCUGUCCUGAGAAGCAUCCCCUGCGCGUGUUCAGCACGGAAAAGACCAUGUGGUGCAGCAAAUGCUCGGGAAGAAUCUCGUACGACUACCGGGCCUUCCGGAGCGAGGGGAACUCCAGCUACGUCAUGUGCUACGAUUGCUGGGAGCAGCAAGAAGACCGGAAGGAGCACGCCUUGCUCGAGUUUGACAUGCACUUCUCGCCGGACGGAGGCAUCAGCGGCAGGGGCCAAGAUGACGUUGGGUCCUACAAGCUGCGGGGAAGGCACGGAAAGAGGGUCGGCUCCGUCUCCUUUGCCAAGGUCUACAGCUCCCAUGAGGUCCAGUAUCAGGGCCAGAUGGUCGGCGCGAACUUAGCGGCGGGCAUCAAGGGUACCUGGCACAUCCCCGACGACUCUGGCGGCAUCCACGCGGAUGACCCCAUCAACAACGACGUCUUCCACCUUUGGCCUGCUCAAGACUGGGAUCCAUCUGCGGUGAAGGGCGAAGGCUUCCGCGUCAGUGAGGACACGGUCUGCUGCGUCUGCUUCGACAAGCCCAUUGACACCGUCCUGAGGCGGCUUCGGGAUGCCGAUCCAAACUCGCCAGGGCAGUGA